AUGCUUCAGCACAGUUUCAAGACAUGGGCUUCCAUCAUUAGGAGCUUAUGCGUGGAUUCCAGGCACAACGCCUUGUCCCUUUUCCAUCAUUGCUUGAAGGAUUCUGCAGCUUUUAAGCCAGAUCACCAAGUCCUUGCUGCAAUUCUCAAGUCUUGUUCAGCCCUUUUGGCUGCCAACUUGGGAAAAUGUCUGCAUGGUUAUGUUGUUAAACAAGGUCAUGUUUCUUGCCAUGUUACUGGUAAAGCAUUGCUUAACUUGUAUGCCAAAUGUGGUAUGCUUGAUGAUUGUCACAGGUUGUUUGAUCAGCUUAGUCAUUGUGAUCCUGUCAUUUGGAACAUUGUUUUGUUUGGGUUUUCAGGGUCUGGUAAACAUGAUGCUGAUGUGAUGAGAGUGUUUAGGACAAUGCAUAUGAGUGGAAAGGCUAUGCCCAAUUCUGUUACCGUUGCUACUCUUCUUCCUGUGUGUGCUCGUUCGGGUAAUCUGAAUGCUGGAAAGAGUGUGCAUGGUUAUGUUAUCAAAUCUGGUUUUGAAGAGGAUGCAUUUGCUGGUAAUGCUCUAAUGUCAAUGUAUGCGAAGUGUGGACUCGUGUCUUGUGAUGCAUAUGCUGUCUUUGAUAGUAUUAUUCACAAAGAUGUUGUUUCUUGGAAUGCGAUGAUCGCAGGCCUUGCUGAGAAUGGGUUGUUAGAAGAAGCAUUCUCGUUGUUCAGGUCGAUGGUGAAAGGACCUAUACAGCCAAACUAUGCAACCAUAGCCACUAUUCUGCCAGUUUGUGCUUCAUUUGAUGACACUGUUGCGUACUGUUGUGGAAGGCAAAUCCAUUCUUAUGUGCUGCAGUGGCCUGAAUUGUUUGGUGAUGUUUUUGUAUGUAAUGCUUUGAUGAGCUUCUACUUAAAAAUUGGACGGACGAAAGAAGCCGAGUCUUUGUUUUGGGCAAUGAAUGCAAGGGAUUUAGUCUCUUGGAAUGCAAUUAUUGCAGGAUAUGCAUCAAAUGGUGAAUGGUUAAAAGCGUUGUAUCUAUUUGGUAAUUUAGCGUCUCAAGAGGCAUUAUUAUUGGAUUCUGUGACCAUGGUCAGCAUACUUCCAGCAUGUGCACAAUUGGAAAACAUGCUGGUGGGGAAACAAGUCCAUGCGUAUAUUUUCAGACACCCUUUUCUUUUUGAAGAUGCUUCUGUUGGAAAUGCUCUAGUUAGUUUCUAUGCAAAAUGUGGCUAUAUAGAAGAAGCAUAUCACGUGUUUUCUAUGAUAUCUAGGAAAGAUUUGAUUUCAUGGAAUUCUAUUUUGGAUGCCUUUGGAGAGAAGAGGCAUCAUUCAAGAUUUAUCAGUUUGUUACAUUUGAUGCUUAAAAUAGGAAUUAGACCCGACUACGUUACAAUAUUAACUAUAAUCCGUUUUUGUGCUUCUCUUUUGAGAGUUGAAAAGGUGAAAGAAAUACACGGCUAUUCAAUUAGGACUGAAUCUUUAUUUAGUGCUACUGCGCCAACGGUUGGGAAUGCAAUACUUGAUGCAUAUUCCAAAUGUGGUAACAUUGAGUAUGCAAAUAAAAUAUUUCAGAAUCUAUCAGAAAAAAGGAAUCUGGUCACAUGCAAUUCAUUGAUAUCAGGUUAUGUGGGUUUAGGAUCACAUCAUAAUGCAAAUAUGAUAUUUCGUGGGAUGCAAGAGACAGACCUUACCACCUGGAAUCUAAUGGUUAGAGUAUAUGCUGAAAAUGAUUGUCCUGAGCAAGCACUUGAAUUGUUCUUAAAGUUACAAAUUCUAGGGAUGAAGCCUGAUGUGGUGACUAUCAUGAGCCUCCUCCCAGUAUGCACACAAAUGGCAUCAGUUCACUUAAUAAGCCAGUGUCACGGUUACAUUAUUCGGUCAAGUUUUGAGGAUCUUCAUCUUAAAGGAACUCUCUUAGAUGCUUAUGCAAAAUGUGGCAUCAUAGGCUCUGCAUAUAAAAUAUUUCAAUCAAGUGCUGAUAAGGAUCUGGUUAUGUUUACUUCUAUGAUUGGUGGGUAUGCUAUGCAUGGAAUGAGUGAUGACGCGCUUAAAAUUUUUUCUCAUAUGCUAAAUUUGGGAAUCAAGCCAGAUCAUGUUAUUUUUACUUCAAUAUUAUCUGCUUGCAGUCAUGCCGGCCGCAUAGAUGAAGGACUGAAGAUAUUUGACUCCAUAGAGAAAAUCCAUGCUAUGAAACCAACUAUGGAACAGUGUGCUUGUGUGGUGGAUCUACUAGCACGAGGUGGCCGCAUCAGUGAUGCAUAUUCUUUUGUGACCAAGAUGCCAACUGAAGCUAAUGCAAAUAUUUGGGGGACAUUGCUUGGGGCCUGUAAAACCUAUCAUGAGGUCGAAUUGGGUCGUAUUGUUGCUGACAAACUCUUCAAAAUUGAAGAUAAUGAUAUUGGAAACUAUAUUCUAAUGUCAAAUUUGUACGCAGCAGAAGCUAGAUGGGAUGGGGUAAUGGAGGUCAGAAAGAUGAUGAGGAACAAAGAUUUGAAAAAACCAGCAGGAUGCAGCUGGAUCGAAGUUGAGAGGACAAAUAACAUAUUUGUGGCUGGAGAUUGUUCCCAUCCACAAAGAAGCUUGAUUUAUAGUACACUGUAUGCAUUGGAUCAACAAUUAAAACAACCGGUGGAAUUUUAG